GUAAUCAUCAGUAGCAGCAUCGGCUUCUUCUACUUGACCACCCGCAACCUCUGCCUCUGCGUCCCUCUCUGCUUUCCGUCAGAUCUGCUGCAUUCAAUCCCCUCAGACUUGUAGAUAGAUAUGAUGUUCAUAAUAACUGGCCAGCUUUGCCAAGCCCGCUAUAUGGUUCACAGACAGUCUGGUGGUUCUGCUCGUCAAAAGCCGUCGCUGUCUAAUACUACAGCGUUAUAGCCCUAACUCAGCCAGUGAACCAUAUCCACGACUGCGAUAAGCGGACCAAACGCGCAUCGCAAACGGAGAAAGCGCGGGUAAUAAUCAACUGUCAACAUCAAGAACUUUGUCCUUGUGCGCACCGAGCCAACGAAAAAUCUCCGGCUUACAGGGUGUCAAUACUUUACCUUAUAUUCGUCCGGAACUGAUGCCCGUGAAUAACAUUAAUUUAGAAAUUUUCCACUAGCUCUCAAGUUCAACUGGGCUAUAUUGAAGUGUUUUUAGACCUUUUUGCAGACAAUUGUCUUAAAACGGAAGAUUUUCGGAGAUAAGUUUCAGCGGAAACAUCAUGCUGGUUCUAAAAAAGUAGCUUAAUAAGUCUAUUGAUACAAGCGUAUCAAAGCAGUCCUGCAAUCCACAGUCGUCAUCACAUAACGAAUUUCGUCAGUGCUUCAUUGCAAGAAAAGGUUGUUCCACUAGUUAAUAGCUUACAUAAGAUAAACUGUGUCCGAUCAAUACGAAUAAAAACUUUCGUAUUAAAGUCGUAUUAAAGUUUCGUAUUAAGUCCAGUGUUGUUGUUGUAUUUUUAUGAUGCUGGUUUGCCCCGCGCAAUAUGGAACCUCUAUAAUCGUUACCAGUGAUUGAUCUCUUCGUAACAGUGAAAAAUGGCAGAAAGGAUCCAGUGUUUAUAGGUGUUUAUAGGACGUCUCCUUGUUCUACAGUUAACUAUCAUUUUGGAGGCCAAUGUGUACAGCUGGCACAUAUUUGGCGGUAAUCGAUGUUGAUAACGGAUGAUAUCAGUAUGCUCAGCAUAAGGUCAAUAAUUCUGUUCCUCGUAGUGACUUUAUUUGCCGGGUGCGUUGAGGCUGGACAACCUUUCUCUGUUAAUAUUGGUGGGAUCUUUGCCAGUAAUAGCCCCUUGGUACGCGUAUUCGAUUUCGCCAUACGUCGUGCGCCGGAGAGCUCGCGACUUCCCAUUGUUCGAGAUGCUUUCAUCGGCAUGAAAAAAGUCAUCCCAGACAUUCAUAGCAGCUUUGACGCAUCGAAAGCUGUUUGUCAGUUGCUGUCCCGUGCUCCUUCGAUCGUCGUGGGCCCCACUGUCGUUCCGGUAUCCCAUAUUUUGGCAUCAACCUGCAGAGCGUUUCAUGUGCCAUUUCUCUCCAUAGGGCCUUUGCUCUCACGUACAAGCGCCGCAUCACCUAGGAAGCUUCCGCAAAUGCUAAAUCUCCAUCCGCCUUCUGACAUAUUAGGCAGGGCGUACUUCGACGUAUUGAAUAUGACGGAGUGGAGAUCUCUAACCAUUGUGUACGACCGAGAGGAUGCGUUCCUUCGUCUCGCACCGAUUCUUCGGGCGGCGCCUUCGCUGACGACGCUACGUCCCUUGGACAAAAGUGUCUCACCGGGAACUCUCUUUAAGGAGGUGCUACGCUCCAAAGACACGCACAUUGUGCUUGAUGUUGAUACUCAACUGAUUCCCGAACUGCUGAGAUCGGCUAAAGACGUCGGUCUUAUGACCGAGUACCAUAAUUUCGUCAUCACCUCCUUAGACCUGCAUACUCUAGAUCUCAGUCCAUUUUUUCCAUCAAGGGCCAAUAUUACGUUCCUCCAAUUACUCGAUCUCAAAUCAAAAGAGAAUCUCAAAAUGAUAAGGGAUUUUCGAAGAUUUCAACUCAUGGAUGGAAUCAGGGACAAUCUCAAUUUGACGACUGAACAGGCGUUGUUAAUAGACUCCGUAUCGUUUGUGGUUCGGACGCUGUAUGAACUAUCAGCAUCAUCGAAGCUUAGGUCGCCACCGCCCUUCAAAUGCCAGUCUCCACGGCCCUGGCAAACCGGCGACCUCGUCAUUAAGAAGAUGCUUCGAAGUUCAUUCCGUGGUGUCACUGGCAUAAUCACCCUGAAUCGUCAUGGUCUUCGCUCGCGGUUUCAGGUCAAUGUUAUGCGAAUCAUGUGGAAUGGUGUUGCUAAGAUAGCGACGUGGAACCAAGAUAGCGGAAUUCGAACGCAGGCCUCUUAUCCAGCGACAUUUCGCAAAGAACUGGAAAAUCUCAUGGCAUCUAAGGUGUUCAACGUGACCACGAUCGUGAACCCUCCAUAUACAAUGCUGAAGUCUGACUAUAGAAAUCGCACUGGAAACGACCGCUUUGAGGGUUUUUGUAUGGAACUCAUGGAAACUCUGGCCGCAAAUAUCGGAUUCCGCUACAGUGUGCAUCUCGUUAAGGAUAAUAGUUAUGGAUCAAGACAACCCGACGGAACCUUCGAUGGCAUGAUCAAGGAACUUAUUAAUAUGGAAGCUGACAUGGCAAUAGUCGACCUGUCAAUCACUGCCGAAAGAAUGCAAGCCGUCGACUUCACGCAGCCGUUUCUGAAAACUGGAAUUUCAAUAUUAUUUCGGAAGCCCGCACAAGGAGGACUUACCUUGUUUCUAUUUAUGAAGCCAUUUUCGAUUGACGUUUGGAUCUGCAUGCUUACUGCCUUCACGGGUGUCACAGUCCUUUACUAUCUGAUAGCGUCUAUCAGUCCGACGGAGAAUCGUGAUCUGGGAGAAGACGACCUGUCUCAACGCGACCCACAACUGCUUGAUCAAGAGAUGAAGAUUAUGAGCAGGUUCUGGUUCACAAUAGGAUCAAUUAUGCAACAAGGAUGUGAUCUUAACCCCGUGUCGCUUUCCUGUCGUACAAUAGCUUCGAUUUGGUGGUUCUUUACGCUGAUUGUCGUCUCCUCAUACACCGCCAGUUUGGCGGCGACACUAACCGCCGAGAGGCUCGUUUCUUCAAUUGAUUCCGCCGACGAUCUUGCACGACAAUCUACAAUUGAGUAUGGGUGCCUUGCGUCUGGUUCCAGCAGGAAAUUCUUUGAGCAAUCAACAAAUAGGAUCUAUCAGCAACUGGCAGACCACAUGGAUCGCCAGAGACCUUCCGUUCAUGCAAAGACCAAUGACGAAGGGGUACGAAGGGUUUUAGCCGGAAACUACGCCUACUUUAUGGAAGCCACCACUAUCGAAUAUCGAAAAGAACGAGAUUGCAGGCUCACUAUGGUGGGAGGGCUGCUUGAUAGUAAGGGCUACGGUAUUGCUACGCCGGUCGGAUCACCUAUGCGUAAGUUACUUUCAAAGGAAAUCGUUCGACUGGGUGAAACUGAUUAUUUCAUGUGGUUGAAGGAACGGUGGUGGAAAGCGACUUCACCGUGCCCAGAAAUGACUCCUCCAUCUGAAGAGAUGGGUAUGCGCGAGUUGGCCGGAGUGUUUCUUGUACUGGCAGUUGGUGCGCUUUUGGGCAUUAUUAUGAUGAUGGGCGAAUUUCUCUGGGAAGCAACUUCUAUACCUUAUGGACAACGGGCCCUACUGAUCGUCGAACUCUUUUGGACAUUGCGUUACGCUAUUUGGGGGAAGGACAAAAGGCCACGCCCGAAAGGAAUGCAAAGCUACUUUGUAUCAGCCCGACCCGAUGCCGGCAGAGUGGGCGACAUUGAAGUAUACCCACUUGAUUAUGAAGAUACAAGCGUGUACAGCUGGCGCUGUAAAUUUAACACCCAAAAGGAAACUGAGGAUCUUUAGUUAGAAUAAAAAAAUCGCUUGUCUGUAUAGAACGAGAUUCUUUGGGAAAGAGUCGCCUGUUUUCUUUUUUUGUAUUAUGAGGAACUUGCUUUCAAGCCUAAUAUCACAGCAUUUCCCCUUUUGAUUUUGAUUAGAUCAUUCAUCUACACAUGUUGACAAUAUGAUCACUUGAGCCCGAUUUGUCGGUAUUUUCUAGAAGUACAUGAAUAUUAUCAAUAAAGCCAAAUAUCCUGCUCCGCGGUCGGUUUUUUUCAAGUGUUUCUCUCAUCUAUCGAUUAUUUUAUAUAAUUGGGAUAUAAACGAGGAGAUUUACGACAAGAUACAGUAAGUAACGAAAGAUUAUUAGAGGUGACAUUUCUGUCGAAUUUGAGUUCAUCUGAUCCGAGGUAACUGUCUCCUCGACCAAUACAAUACCAAUAUCUAACAUAUUUACGAUUUGGAUGUGGGUGCGACCUGAGAAUAUUGGCCAAGAGAUACUUCCUUUUUCGUCAGCUUCGAGGCUGUUAGUAAUAUGCAGUAAUGGUAUUUUUAUUUAUGGCAUUAGAUAUGGGAUAACGAUUUCGCGGUCAUGAGUUUUAUGAUAAAAAUAUAGGUAAGGUAUUAAAAUCGGCAGAGCAUUUUUUUUCGCACAAAAAUUCAAUUGAGCCAGAUAAUAGUGUUCAAUAGAAGUUAAGUUAUCGAAUAUGAUUUUACCAUAAUCGAAUGAAAUACACUCCGAUUACCCCUAGGCCUAGAUCGUGGAUAUCAUUCGUUUUUCGUAAGGCGUCAUUACCGCUUCCGCUGUGCUUCUUCCUCCUGCACAACAUCAAGCUCGUCUUUUACGCUCCAUCAAAACGAGCUCAUAAAUGAGUUUCGUAUGUAGUUCAAUACUUAACAAAAGACUGAUCGCAACGUGUCUACCUCAAAGAAAAGCCGAAAACUCGCUUAAUAGGAAUCGAUUGUUUGUCUUCCAGAACGACAGGCUUAGUUUAAGACCCAGUCCACGUAAUAAAAUCAGCGUAACAUUUAUCUGGGUGAGUUAUUCAGGCUUUAUUUACUACAGUUUUUAUUGAUAUAUCAUAUUCAGGAAGGCCCAGGACCGCUUUAUAAACUUAUCGAAUAUACUAAAGAAGCGCAUCUUCGUUCAUCUAUUCUGUGUGAUUACAACACAAAUAACCAAUUAUUUAUCAUUUAUUCACUGAAAAUAUAUAUCAUUAGUACGUUAUAAUGCUGUACGACUGUAUUAAUAUACUAUAGCUAUAUAAACAUGAAAUAUCUUACAAAAUGGCACGUACAGGUUAAUCACUCAUACAACCCACGCAGCCGCGACAGAGUUUUCCCCUAGUUUCAAAAUGUUCACACGACAGAAUGUAAAUGCAGAAAAA